UGACAGUCCUUUUCUGCUCGCAGUGGACUCUUUUAAACGCACGCUUCAUCCUCCCGCAUCAUACAACCCGUUGUACCCCCGCAACUGUAAACCUCGACCUUUGAAUUUACCGACACUUCACGUUUCAUACAAUGGCGAACAUCACUCCGCCCUCGACCUCGCCGACGACCAUGCCUCUCUCCAUUAAUGUGGAAUCGGUCGGCAUGGCUAGUGGCCUCUCGCGCGGCAGCACGACCACUCCUACCACCAGCAAGCCCAAGCCUCGGAAGCGCAACAACAACGCUGAGAAGCGUGAGCUUCACAACGCGACCGAGCGCGCCCGCCGCGAGACUCUCAACGGCCGGUUCGACACGCUCCGUGAUCACGUGCCGGGUCUCCGUGGCUGCCGUCGUGCCUCGAAGAGCGCUGUUGUCAACGGCGCCAUCGCCGCUCUCAAGGACAACCGCCGCAUGCGCAUCUUGGCCGCCAAGAUUGUGCGUGAGCUCAGCACCGAGCGCAACGAGCUUUUCGAGGAGAACAACCGCCUCCGUCAGAUGGCCCACCUCCCCCCCAAGGCUGGCACUCCCAACCUCUGGACUGAUGAGAUGGCACAGCUUUGUGUCGUUGAGGAGGAGCCCGUUUAUGUGGCCGAGGAGGGCGACGACGACGAGUCUGACGAGAUGGAUCUGCAAAAGGCCAACAUUGUUGCUGGCAACAUGGCCUCUGGUCUCAUCACGCCCCGCUCGUCAACCGACCUAGGCGAGCAGCCGAUUUGGUCUGCCUCGUUUGCGGCCCCCGCCCCGUCCAUCCCGUUCAACUUUAUGAACAACUCGGCCGAGACCUCGAGCUCAAACUCGCCUGUUGGCAGCUCGCACAUGAUCACGCCGCCGCAGCACACCGAGGGUCGUUCUCCGGGCGUCGCGCUUGGCGUGUCGCCUCACUCGUCAUCUCCCGCAGAGUCCCCUCAGAACGAUGUCUGGGGCCAGUUUACCCAGCCCAUGUUCCAGCCGUCCCAGCAAGCACACCAGUCUCAGCAGCAAAGCCUCCAGAUGCCGGGCCCAUUCGGUCAGGCGCAGUACGAUCUGUCAAUGUUCCUCGCCCAAGGUGGACAGAACGUUCCCGUUGCCAUCGCCUUCCCGCACCAGCGCGAUGCCUUGGCCACACCACCUGCCACGGCCGCCCCCACCGCCGCCCCCUUUGACUUUAGCUUUUCCAUGGACUGGCUUCAGCAGCAGCAGCCUGUUGGCGUUUAGGUCCAAGCCCUGUGUCUAGCUGGGUCCCAAGGCCAGGUUUUGAUUGGCUUGAUGUGACAUCUUUGUAUCGCAAACACCAUUCCGUCUUGUCGUAUACCCGAAGGUUUGUAGAAGCAGUUAUGCACCAAAACGCGCGCGCAGAGGAGCGGUGCUAGGGGAGCGGGCAAGCGAAGGGAUGCCAGAGACAUGAGAGGAACAAGAUUCUGAGCACUGAGAUAAGCCACCAAGGACAUGUGACGGAGAGAUUGAAUGGCCUCAAGACCGUCGUCAAGAGGCACCCA